GAACACGACUAAAUGACCUGCGAUCGGUGAUUGACUGUACGUUGCAUGUAGUACAUGAUCUAAAACAGCAUGCAAGUAUUUGUCUAUUCAAGGUCAUGGUCAGUAUGCUACAAAACGGUGAUAUGUAACUUUAUAUUGCGAUAAAGCUUGGACACCAUGGAAGAGAUACUCAGAGAAUUCUACAAAUGUGGGUUAUGUGAAGAACCCAUUACCUAUCCAAAGAAACUCAAAUGCCAGCAUGUCUUCUGCCAUGAAUGUCUGGUAGUUUACAUUACGGAAUACUUCGGUAAAGCCUCGUUUCCAUGUCCAGUGUGUGAAUAUAAACACUCGCCAGGUGAAGAGGAAGAAGUUAUUUCCCAGGAUUCAUUACUGAUACUACAAGAAGAUGAUUUGCAACGAGAUGUCCGUAGAUUUUUUCAGGACGGCGAGGAACCUGAACCUGCAUACAAUGCCGAUGGAAUUAAUAGGGCACCAUGCAUAAUUCACGAUGGCAAACUAUCUGAUUUCUUUUGUUCAGGCUGUAACACGCUUGCAUGCGAACAAUGCAGACUAGAGAUCCAUGGCCGUUGUGACUUCCGCUUACGUAAAAUUGGCAAAGACAUGCGCAUGGAAGCAUUUACUAAAACUAAGGAAGUCUCUGAAGAACUAACAAAUUUUCUUUCUGAAACAGAAACUGUCUACAACAGUCUGAAUUCUAAGUUAGGCAAUAUAUUUCUGGAUUCUGUAGUGCAUGAUGAAACUAUUAAGUCGUAUUAUUCAGAACUGAAAGAAAAAGUUGUAAAAUAUCUGGAGGAGCAAGAACGGAAAGUACUAGAAAAUGCGAACAAACUCAGGGAGAAUGAGAAAACACACUUGGAGCGCGACGCUGUGGUUUGUACAAAUAUGUCAUCCUCCGUAAAAUCUCGACAAAGACUUGCACAUGCUUUACAAAAACGCAGUUCUACAAAUGCAGCCGAAAAUUUGGUGAUAACAAAUCAUUUGGGAAACGAUUUCGAAGUAUUUAAAACAAUGUUGUCGAAACUGCAAUCAGAUGCCGAUACGAGUUACAAUGUUAGAUUCAUGAUCAACACUGAGUUGGAGGACAAAAUGACAGAUACAGAUAUUGUGAAGAUUGAAGUAAUUCAUUGUUGUCAUAGGGAUGCUUCAGCUGCCACAUUCGAUGAAGUGGCCGAGGCUGAUCAGCAAGUAUCUACUGAACCGAACUCUGCACAGACACGGCCUGACAGGUCGUCAGCUGCACAGAUCAGCCAAAACGCUCGGGAAGAAAUUGUGCCACCUCCUCCUCCCGACGACGGAGAGGAGGAGCCACCACCGACUUACAGGGCUGUGACCAGACAGUCCUUUAUACAAAGGCCGCGUCCUUGGCACUCGUCGCUUGUGCGCCGCAGACCAUCAGCAUCUGCGCCACCAUUACCAGCCUAUGACAACAGACACACGCCUAUCCAACAUCCAUAUCCCCCUCAUGUUGGCUCUCAGUCGCCGAACCCCUCGUCUUGUGCACAGAUGUCCCAUAUACAACCAACUGCACCUCCGUUGUACAUGGAAGAUUCCUCUCCUUUGCCUUCUGAUACCAUAGCAAGACCGGACCGAACACCAAUUUCUCCGAACGUCCGAACUAUCACCAUGUUGAAUUACAUAGCAAAAGUAGAAACGAAAACAGAUACCGAUAAUAAUGCUCCUUACUUGGUAAGUAUUGCAACUCUCGGCAGAUAUGUUGUCGUAGCUGACCAAAAAAACCGUCGUCUUCAGCGUAUGGCUGAUGAUGGCUUCAAUGGUGUAGUUGACCAGUUUAACUGUAGCACGGAACCGUACGAUGUCGCUGGUGUAUCUGAUACAGUGUGUGUUGUGGCCGCUCCAAAAGAAGGAAGCUUACUCUUCGUUGAAUUCUCGUCCACACCCGGUCCCAGUCCAGCAAAGCUACAGAAGACGAUGAAAACUGGAAAAUAUUCAAGUGUAGGAUAUUGUAAAAGUAAUGGGAGGCUCAUUUGUGGAAGGGGACCGCCAUUCUCUGCAGCAAGAAUUGAAAUAGUAACUAUGCAAGGAUAUACCGUAACGAAAAUUGACUUAAAGAAACCUAUGUCUGUUUCGAGGAGCCUUACUUUGUCUCAGUCCAGAUUUCUAGCACUUUGCGAUGUACGUAAUAAGGAAGCCAUCUUUUACGACACUGCAGACAGAGGGAAGCCACCUACCAUUGUGCGGCGUCAUGAAUAUAACACACUUAGAGAACCUCAAGGAAUCGCCACAAUUCCCAGCUUGAAAAGUGUUCUGAUACUUGACGCGUCAACCGGGGACGUAUUUAUGACAUCGUACUCGGGCUAUGUACGCAAAGUUUUGGACGGUGACGUCAUGGUACAGCGAUGUAAUAACGUCGAGGUAAAGUAUUCGAUGAGCGUCAGCACGGACCAGAAAGUAUUGGCCAUAGCUAAUAACAGAGGAUCAGUCUCAUUCUACGAAAUAAAAUACAUGUAACAGUGGAGACUUUGGCAAACGUUCAAUAUACAGAGCAUUUUUCUCUGUUUAUUUUUCGUUAGAUCAUUUUCGAAUGUAAAUGUCUCCUUAAUAUAGAUUUGAAAAAUAACGAACGAGGGAUAACAAAGAAAGUUGAUCAUAUUAAGUACAAUUUUGGAAUAGUUCUGCAGGUCUCUUAUGUUUUGCUUAAAACAUUCGAGAGGUAUUUCGCAGAAUCAUGAACAUGUGCAUAUUGAUAUUGUACGGGAUACGAAGUGUUUGACAUACAUGAUGUAGCAUAGAUCAACGGUAAUUAGGUGAAAGUUCGUGGACACUAGAUAGGUAUGAAAUAAAUAACGGAGCAAUGUUGUUUUCAAUGGUAAUGGUGCAGAAAAUGUGCCUUUCGGAAACGUUGUGUGGCGUGUGAUUCAAAUAAUGAGAUAUCAGAGUUACCUUGUUUCACAGUGUCGGAAGGUAUAACGACAUCUUGAUAGCCGAUGGGGACCGAGAAUGAUUUCAAAUGUGAUGGAUUAUAUCUUCGGAUAACUUUGCAUGGGCAGUAUUUGCUGAUCCUAAACAGAGGAUUCGAACAUUUUGCAUGACUCGCAAGUAGCACUCUAUAUAGCAUUGCUAGUAAUCAAAUGUAGUAAUAAUUAUGAUGUCGGAAGGGAUAUAUUUAUGAUGUGGCAGGGUAACUGGUAUUUUUUUGAUUUUUACAACCGUCUAUAUUCAGAUAAAGAAAAAGGUUUAUAUAAAUUUGUAUGUAUAUCAUAUUGUACACCUGUAACAAUUGGGUAAGAUUUUAAGAGGAGGAGUAGGUCCUUUAUACCAAACUUCUAUCCUUACAUAACUCCUGUAUAUAUAUAUAUACUGCUGUGUACUCAGUGUUAGUAAUUGUUGUAUUUUUAUUGAUGAUUGUGAUCAAGAAUCACUGGACAAUCAGCACAACUAAUAUAACACAGGAGGAACCAAGGUAAACACACCAAGGAUACAAUAAUAGUGUUCAUUGCCCCAAUAUUGUCUGAAGGAAUGUGUACAGAAGAAAACGUGCUGACCAAACACAAUCAGUAAUAGAUGUUGUAUUUUUCAGAUUCUUCUGUUGUCACGAAGAGAAAUGUCAAUACAUCAUGUAAUUUUGUAUACAUGUGGCUUCAUACAUUGAAGUAAUGAAGUAAAAGACAAUUCAUUCCUCCUCAGUUAAAAUAUGUGUCUUUUGUAUUCUUAACCAUAUGACGUGUUUCUUUAUAUGUUAUAUAUUAUUAUAGUUUUAUUGUAUCCGAUAUAAUCACUCACAUGGCCAGAAUUUUGCAUAAUGGGUAAGAUUUAUUUUUAUUUCUUAUUUUAUUAUUGUAAUCUCACUCAAUUUUCAAUGUUAUUUUUUGUUUACAUUAGUUAUCUUGUUUUGAUGAACAUGUGUGUAAUGUAUUAAUUUACUUCUACACCUGCACGAACGUUUAUAUCUGAUGUACAUGUAGUAUUUUAACCAUAUAUGUGUAUUAUAAAAGAUGGCGGCAAUACUGAGAUAUAUAUGUUAUCGGGAUUGUAUGUACUCAUGUUUGUAAAGCUGUGCUUCAAAUUAUAUUAUCCCACAUGUGUAUAAUCCUCAAAAAUCCGACCGGUUCUUUCAUGUUCUAUCUUUGUUCUAAGUCGCCCUCUGGGUAUGAACACGUUUGGCACUUAACACACCCGACGAGGCCUAGAAUGACGAACCAGUUGUAUGGUGCGAGUAAAUUCAUUUUUGUCUCAACUGUAACUUUUUCUCUACUGUAUAUAACUCGUCUGUGUUUAACUCGACUGUAUCUAAAUCUACUGUAUCUAACUCUCUACUGUUUCUAACUCGACUGUAUCUAUCUCUACUGUAUCUAACUCUACUGUAUCUAACUAUCUACUGUAU